GCCCUGUACAACCGGGCGGAACAUCACCAACAAAGACUAAGAUAGUUGCUUGCGAUCAGCCAGUUCGCCAGGGACAACACCCCAGGUGUCUUGAUGGGUUUCCAGAAAAGUGAAAAGCCUUUUGCUUAGGCUCUUUUCCAUUCCUCCCAUUGCCGAUUCCUUCCUCGCUCGGUCGAUCUCACAUUCUGCCGCCGCGUUAAUCCUGGAGGGAGAAGUUUAUCUCCCAUGACAGAAAGAGCUCAUGGAGGAAGACCCAUCUCAUGUCUCCGAGAUGAUUGAUCUCGCAGACUCGACCAAAGAUAAAUCCAAGUCGAGCUCCCCUCCCGUUUCGUCGACGUUCGCGACACCAGAGAUCCCCGAAGACCUCGUACACCAUGACGAGACUAGCUCUCUCCACAGUGAGGGGCAGAUGCUGGGACAAGACUACGGGGAUAAUUCGUCAGCAUCGUCAGCGCAACAAUCUACGGGCAGUGAUAUUGGAGGUCGGGACUUGGACGAUGAGGAUCUGGCGCAGAUAAACUCGCGCGCAUCUAGUCGCUCGUCGAUUUCCUCACUACCUGCCUCGGUGCUGGCCCACGCACCGGAUGGGAUGAAGCGGUCUCUUGCCAUCUCCGCGGGACCGCACGAGGAUAUGUUGCAUACACAUCACUGGGUGGAUCAGAAUGACAAAUCCGACGAAGAAUUCAAUUCAAUACAUAAUGCUAUCCGAUACCGGGAGGUGGCAUUCCGGAAACCCAGCUCUGUGCGGGCGAUGCAGAUGUAUACUGAAGAUGAAGAGGACACUGAUGAUUAUUUGAAAACACCCAGGCGCAGAGGAAAGCGAACAUCGGACCUAUCAAUACGGUCGGCGGGCUCGUCGCCGUUGAAAAGAUCACCGUAUUACUCCCCCACAAGAUCAGCGAGUCGCCAAAAGGUUAAGAAGGAGUACCCGCUUGUCUUGCUUCAUUGUACUCUACUUCCACCUUCGCUCCCGAUUCCCGGGUUGUUGGGGACACCGAACCAGAAGAUCCUGCGAGAGGUGCUGCCCUUGGAAUACUGGAGAAGAUGGAAGCUCCUGGAGGAAAAAGUUGGGUCUGGGGUGCUUCGCGAUCGUGGAGUGCUGAUCUCACACCCGGAGGAUAUGUAUGAUUUACUAGAAGAGCGGUUGCUAGAGAGUUUGGAAUUGCAGCGCCCACGACUUCACCACGGCCACUUUCUGGGACACGACGAGGGAGACUCGGAGAAGGAGGAUUAUUCGGCUACAGAGGAGAGCGGGACAGACGACGAACAAGGGGAGUCUUGUCCGGAUUGUGGUGGACGGGUUGUCAUGAACAGUAAUCACGGCCGGAAAUGGGAAAUUAAAGUCUUUGCAGCCAAUGGACUGAUGAGAGCCGGGGCAUGGGCGGCAGCAUGGAAAGAGAUGGAAAAGGUCGACGUGGAAGUUGGCCUGUGGCUUCCAUCCGAUGUCAGACGGGAACUGGAGAAGAGGCUGUUGGACGAUGAGCUAUACAAUUACGAAAGCAGAUUCCACAUGCACCAUCCACCACAGGAGCAGACGAAUGAGAUGAUCACAGAAGCAGCUCAACCUCCAGCACGAGAGAUCAUGGAUAGCCCCGAUAAACACGAGCCUCGCCUACUCGCUCCAGAGAAGAGAAUCGCUUCGCCUACCCCAGAAACAAGACGAGCGCAAGAACAACGGGAACCACCGCCAGCGUCAACAUACCACUCAAAACCGACAGUGGAAAUUGAGCUCCAGACAUUACUGAUCAACUACAUCCGAGUGCUAGCCAGCGACCGACGCAAUGUGGCUAUCGCCAUGUUGAGUGUUCUGGUGGUAAUUCUCGCCAUAAUAGGAGCUCAACCACAGAAUUCUCUACGCUCAGACCUGCGCCCUUUUCCCCAGGAUAUGUUUGAGUCAUUUCCAAUAUCGAGUGCCUUCAUGCCAUCAUCAUAUUCCGUAAACGAGGAAGAUACCGUGAGUUCUUCAAUCAUGUCUUCGGCAACUCCAGCGACUUCAGAGUCCUCUAUGGUAGCCGAAAAUAUUCCCACCUCCCCCGUGGUUAUGCUAGAGCGGGAAUCUCCUACUCCAAGCCCAGAAACCGCCAAGGUUGAUUCUGUGCAGCCAAGUGCGACACUAGUGACUGAAGUUUCGGAUGCUUGCAUUGAAGAUCUUUCCGGGUCUAGUUUGGGGGUUCCCCAGGAAUCUGGGGUUCUUGCAGCAGAUGCUGAACAGGCUGGGGAAACUGAACAGGCUGGGGAAACUGAACAGGCUGGGGAAACUGAACAGGCUGGGGAAACUGAACAGACUGGACAAAUUCAACAGACUGAAGAAGAUGAAGAGCCCAAAGAACCUGCAGCUGAAAAGACCGAAGAGCCUGAAGAUGCUGAACACCCUGAAGAUGCUGAACAGGCUGGAAAAACUGAACAGACUGAACAGACUGAAGAAGAUAAAGAGACCGAAGAACCUGAAGCUGAACAGACCACAAAUGUUCAACAGACCGAGCAUUCUGAAGAUGCUGAAAAGGUUGAAGAAGCUGGGACCAUUGGAUCAGCAGAACUAGAACCACAGGUGGAGUCAAAGGAUCCGAUAGAAUCGGUACUAAACAUGGAACCUCUGGGUGGAGAUGAAGAAGAGAAGACAGAGGAAAUCUCGACAGAAGAGAAAGAAGAAGCAGAAUCAUAAAGAGACGGCAUUUACGACGGCAGGCAUUCAAGUCUUGAAGAUUUACGACUGACACGAGGUAAUUAUGGAUAUUGGCAUUUUGUAUGUGACACAUUUGGCGAUGAUGUUGGGUUCUAUU